AUGAGGUUUGACAUCGAUGUGAUUUGGGGUCGGAUUGGUGAAGGUGAAGUGGAAAGUGCGUGUGGGGACUGGGGCGGGGGCCUGCGAGUUGAGGGAUUGUUAGGCAUGGGAAAGGAGAGACCUAUGGAAGAAUCAUUUCCCAUGAAUGGUGGAAAUGGGCAUUACAGCUACAUCAAGAACUCCUAUAGACAGAAAAAUGCAGUAGAGAGAGCAAAAUCAAUGUUGCUCAGGGGGAUUAUUGAAAACCUUGAUAUAGAACAAGCUUCUUCAAGUGUGUUUACCAUUGCAGAUUUAGGCUGUUCAACAGGACCCAACACAUUCAUUGCAGUGGAGAACAUAGUAGAAGGUGUAACACAGAAAUACAAAACCAAAAGCAACUCAAACCUUCCAGAGUUUCAAGUAUAUUUCAAUGACCAUACUUCCAAUGAUUUCAAUACCCUCUUUGCCAAUUUUCCUUCAAACAGAGGAUACUUUGGUGCUGGAGUUCCAGGAUCCUUCCAUGGCAGAUUGUUUCCAAAAUCAUCCCUAAACUUCGUCCACUCGGCUUCGGCAUUGCAAUGGCUUUCCAGGGCACCACAAGAGCUAAGUGACUUGAAUUCUUGUGUGUGUAAUAGGGGAAGAAUUCAUUAUGCAAAUGCACCAAAUGAAGUUGGUGAAGCCUAUUCUAAUCAGUAUGCAAUGGACAUGGAAUCAUUUUUAGCUGCUAGAGCAGAAGAGAUUGCUCCUGGAGGACUAAUGGCAAUGAUUAUUCCAGGCCGUCCUGAUGGAACACUUCCUUCACAGUUUUCUCUUAGCCAUCUUUUCUGUCUGAUUGAAUACUCCCUAAUAGAUAUGGUAAAUGAGGGAUUAGUGAGCAAAGAUAAACUGGACAUGUUCAACUUGCCAAUGUACAGCCCAUCAGUAGAGGAGCUAAGAGCGUUAGUAGAGAAAAAUGGGUAUUUCAGUUUUGCAGAAAUGGAAAUUCAUGAAACUUCAAUCCCAUUACCUCCAGCAGGUGUUUGUAGAGCUGGUCUUGAAAGCUUUGUCUGCAAACAUUUUGGGACUGAAAUUACUGAACAAAUAUUUGAUAGAUAUUCUGCAAAAUUUGCGGAGCUUCCCCAAGGCACUGCUGCUCAUUGCAGUUCAAUUAGUUUGUUUAUCCUCCUCAAACGACGCCGUAUUUGAGAUGCACCUAUCAUUGGAGUAAUAAUUUGAACU